GGUAGCUUUAUCCAAAAUUGUAGGUGAAUUACAUUUGGGAGUAAUUUGCCGUGCAUUUGGGUUGCAUUUUGAUUUGCGUGUGUUUCGUCAACCCCACAAGUGUUAAGUCAGCAGCAAUAGCAUGAGCAUUCAGCGCCAAAUUUCUAUAAAUACCCCACUCCUUCCGCUUCUCUCGUUUAAUUUAACGUUCUUAGCGUAGGUUCUUGGGUGAGAGUUAUAGAGAGAGAAGAGCGAGUCCUUCUUUGUUUUUUUGUUGCUUUCUCUUUUCCUUUUUGUAGGUACUGACGAGGACCGAUACUUUAUCCCUGUGCUUCACUUAGCUUCAUAGCGUACAAUUCAGGCAAAGGCCUUGAAGUUGGAGUGUGUUAAGAUUGAUUACUUAGGAGUUGCUGACUUGACUGGAGGAAUGGAGGUAUAUGGCAAAUCUAUGGUUGCUGGUCCUGCAAAUGUUAUUUUUCUGUCGAGUAUUUUGGGCCGAGAUGGUCCCUUUCCUGGUCACAAAUGCGACUGGAAAUGUCAAAAUGAACAUGUUUGUGGAAACAUGUAUCGCUGCAAGCUAACUGGGCUCACUCACAUCUGUGAUAAAAACUGUAACCAGAGAAUUCUCUAUGACAACCAUAGCUCCCUUUGCCGAGCUAGUGGUCAAAUUUUUCCCUUUUCACCGGCAGAGGAACAGGCUGUGAGAGGUGCUCGAAGAAAGCUUGAUGCAGAGAGUUCGCCAUCUGAAAGCUGUGGUUUUAAGCGUAGACGGGGUAAUGGGGAUGUCCAACUCCAUCCGUCUCCUUUUGAGAGGUCUUUCUCUGCUGUCAGUCCUAUCUGCAGCCAAGUUGGAGAUGGCAUGGAUAUGAGCUAGAUAUAUAUUAUAUAACUGGAAAAACUCUUUUAUCAUUUCCCUUGUCCUUUUCCCUCUUUUCCCUUAUGAAUAACAGAACUUGGACAAUUAUGGAUUACUUAUCUGGUGGACAUGUAUGUUCAUCUAUUGUAGGAACUCCUUAUAUUUCUAGUAUUAAUGUAAUGUAGUUGACUGUUGAAUGGGGAUUUGAGCAGGCUCUAUUUAGUAUUCAGAUGGUUAUGAAAUCUAAAUUGAUUUCAAUUUCUUGCUAACCUUGGUGAGAAGUGGACUGUUAUAUAUGAAUGUUAACCUUUUCUAGCUGUUUGUUAAGUUUCUAGUGUUUCUGUUAUCGCAGGGCAGUGCUAUGAGAGUAUUAGACAUUAGUGUACCCAUUAUCAGGACUACUGCUAUUGAGUUGUAUUAUCGUACUCCUCUUAUUUCCCUCAGUUCCAUUAGAAAAGCAUAUGAUUGCUGAUAACCCUAUUCAGGGUUAUGUUGAUUUCCUUAACUUUUGUAAGCUCAGGUCCUCUCCAGUUCCUCACAUGGACAAAUUUGUUGUGCACGUGAAAACUAAUUUUAUUUUGUUGCCUAAUUUCUUUGUUCUUUUGCAGACUCAACAGAGAUGAUUGUUCCCAUUUUCAUUAUUUAUCUUUUUAUUAUCUUAUUUAUUUCAUGAGUUGACUGAUGGCUGCCUCUCUUGAGUUUAAUGUAAUUUGUGCAGGAUUUGAAGCAUGUGCUACCAAGGAGCAUUCAAAACAUUUUUGUUGAAAUACUAAAUAACAUAUUUUUAUAUGGAAUUGCUCUAUGCUAGAAGAUGAUAUAUUGAUACUUGUAUUGUUUUCUUGCAGGUACAAGCUUAGUUACUUAUUCUCAAAUUUACCUCUGCUGAAGUUUAGACAACAAUUAUUGGGCUGUUGAGUGUCAUGAGAACUGAGCAGCUGGUCCAGCAGGAUGCAACAGUUGAUUGAGGAAGGGAUAGAUAUGAUGUUCUCAACCAGUUUUGUUGAAUGAUCAAGAUUCAAGACACUAUGGAAAAUUGAAAAGUUUUCUUAUUCAAUUUCAAUCUAGUUUGAAUUUUGAAGAAGACCGGAUGAGUUUGUCUUUCUUCCACUGUAUCAUCUCUUAACUGCAGACAGUGGCAUUUAUUGAACAGAUUAAAGUGUCCUGUCCUGGGAUACCUACAAUAAUCAGCACCUUCUAUCAGUUUAACUAUAAUCUGCCUAGAUUUCCCUCUUUAUUGGAAGAUUGAAAGUGAUUUUCCCCUUAUUUGAAUUGCGAAUGUAAAAGUCUCCUCAGCCUUGAUGUCUUUUGCCGGUGCUUUGCUUUGAUAUUCUGGACAGAUGUAAGUUUGUUUCUUGAUAUUAAAUGCCAGAGCUAUGUAAGUAUAACUCAUGUUUUUAUUCUGACAUUUUGUAUCACUUUAUAGUUCAUUAAUGAAAUUCAGAAUAGAAGUUUUAUGUAGUUA